AUGAAGUCGAUAUCCUCCCUCGUUGUUUUCGGCGGCUGGCUGUUGAGUGCUUCGCAUGUCGCUGCUUACGGUGCCUCAUCUCCUGGGCCCGUGGUAUACAAAGGAUGUUAUUCUUCCAGUACCGGCUUGACGAUGAACAGCUCGUACACAUUCAAUACUCAGGGCUACUGUCAAACACAAUGUGCGCCCUUGAGCAAAUCUGUCCUGGCAACCAAAAGCUCGACCGACUGCUGGUGCGGUAACGAACUACCACCCACCGCCGAUUUAGUUUCCGAUUCGCACUGUGAUGCUCCUUGUGCCGGUUAUGGAUCAGACAUGUGUGGUUCUAGCCAAGAUUAUUGGAGUGUCUGGCUAAGUGGAGUGGCUUCGAGCGCCUCCACAGCUACUGCAGAUGACACUUCAACAACAUCAUCCGCUGCCCAGUCCUCCAUCGCCUCCACCGCCACAUCCGAGACAUCUACUACACCAGCUGUUGUUACCGCACCCGGAUCCACCGUUGUAGUCACAGCAGCCCCUGGUACAGCAGAAUCCUCAGCAGCUGCUAGUACUUCCGCGACACCAAAGAAGGGGGCUAACAAAGCCGCCAUCGCUGCUGGAGUCGUUGUGGGCGUUGUAGUUAUCAGUGCAAUUGCCGGAGGAAUAUAUUUGUUUCUCCGGAACAAGAAGAGACGUGAGGUCGAAGAGGAGUAUAGAAGAAAUGCUGCGGUUAGCACCUAUAUUGCUAGUGGUGGCAAGCCUCCCAACAGCAGCGGUGGUGGUUCAUCAUUCACCGAUACUCGUCUUGACCAAGCUACCAUGGCUCAGCGAAGAAUGAGUGAUGGUAGCAUCGCCGACAACGAAGAUUAUUCAAGAAGGAUCCUCAAGGUAUGA